GAAACUGAAUCAUGCACAAGAAUUAUUAUUUUUUUUUAUUUAUUGAAAAGAAAAAAAAAAGGAAUGAAUGAUCUGGUUUUACAGUAAUACAGCAUUCAGCUUCCUUCCAUUUAUGUUUACUUUUUUUAAAGAUUCCAUUUAUGUUUUUGUUCUACCUAAUUUUCCCAAAGUAGUAUAUGUUAUGAACUAUGAAGAGAGUGGCAUGAAACUAUUGUUAUUAUUUUCUUCCCAAUAUAUCCAUCCCAGGAAAAUUAAUUAUAAUUGUAUAUUCUACUCUUUUCUUGAUUAAGAAAUACUCAUACUAUAAUUAGCUAUGGAACAUGACAUGUCCAAACCAAGGUUUGAUUUGUUGGUGGAGAAUUCACCUUACACGUGCUCACCUUCUUCAUCAUGACAAGUACUACAAACUCCAAAGAAAAACUUCUAUUUAUAAGCCGAACUUGCUGGUCAUUAUUGUAUCCCCUGCCUAGAACACUGACUACCAGACACCUUUUUUCCAAGUUUAUUGGCUUCCAAUCACUCACACAAUCUAAUCAGCCAUGGACACCAAACACAUUGCCAAGAAGACAGCCUGUGUGGUCGGCGGCAGUGGAUUCGUGGCGUCUUUGCUGGUCAAGCUUCUUCUUCAGAAGGGCUAUAGGGUAAACACCACAGUCAGAGACCCUGAAAAUCAGAAAAAGAUAGCACACCUUUUGCAGCUCAAAAGUUUGGGUGAGCUAAAGAUUUUUGGUGCUGAUCUAACUGAGGAGGGGAGCUUUGAUGCCCCAAUAGCAGGUUGUGACCUUGUCUUCCAUGUUGCAACACCUGUUAACUUUGCCUCCCAAGACCCAGAGAAUGACAUGAUCAAGCCAGCAGUCCAGGGAGUACUAAACGUUCUUAAAUCUUGUGUGAAAGCGAAAACAGUUAAACGCGUCGUCUUGACAUCAUCUGCUGCUGCUGUUUCAAUCAAUAAACUAAAUGGGACAGGUUUGGUGAUGAACGAAGAGAAUUGGAGUGACACUGAGUUCUUAUCUAAUGAGAAGCCACCCACUUGGGGGUAUCCUUUGUCAAAGACACUAGCUGAGAAAACAGCUUGGAAAUUUGCUAAAGAAAAUAACAUUGAUCUCAUUACUGUGAUCCCUUCUCUUAUGACUGGCCCUUCACUCACUCCAGAUAUCCCCAGCAGUGUUGGUCUAGCAACAGCUUUAAUUACAGGGAAUGAAUUCCUCAUAAAUGCAAUGAAGGGUAUGGAAAUGCUAUCAGGAUCUAUAUCGAUUACGCAUGUGGAUGACGCUUGCCGAGCUCACGUCUUUUUGGCCGAGAAAGAAUCUGCUUCUGGUCGAUACAUUUGCUGUGCUGUUAACACCAGUGUUACUGAGCUAGCAAAGUUCCUUAGCACAAAAUACCCUCAAUUCAAAGUCCCCACUGAUUUUGGAAAUUUUCCUUCCAAGGCCAAGUUGAUAGUUUCUUCAGAGAAGCUGACUAAGGAGGGGUUUAGUUUCAAGUAUGGGAUUCAAGAAAUAUAUGAGCAGAGUGUGGAUUAUUUGAAGACUAAAGGGAUGCUUCAGGUGUAAUUAAAUUAUGUCACAAAAUAAUGGGUGAUCUGAUCAUGUCAAAUGAAUCCAGACCAUCAUGUUUUAACAGCUUUUAUUACCAUUCUCUUUGAUGGGGGUGUAUAUGCAGAUUCAUUAUAUAAUAAAGGAUCUUAUUUAAUAAAA